GAUAAACUGGUUGGGAUUUGCCUAUUCCUCUUUCCCCGGGCGUUUCCAGCUAAUAAGGAUUUUGUCACUCUGCUUUGCGCGCUCCAGCAUCGUCUUGUGGGGGGUUUCCCACUUGCUCCCAGGGCACCACUUCAGAUUGGAUAACUAAUGGCUGUCUGUGUCUCUCCUCCUUCACAGGAGAGGGGCACAAUGCUCAACCUCAGCUCGGCUCUGAGGUUGGAGCAAGGCAUGCAAACAGCAGGGGCAACAGGAAGCCUCCAGAACCUGAGGAAAUUUAAUGAUCAGGACUUUGAGCACCUGCGAUCCCUGUGUCUGAGCCAAGGCCUGUUGUUUGAGGAUGACACCUUCCCUGCUGAUAUCAGCUCCAUCGGACUCAACCUGCUCCCAAAGGAUGAGCUGCAGCAAAUAGAGUGGAGGAGGCCAAGGGAGCUUCUGAGAAACCCCUGUUUGAUAAUGGAUGGAGUUAGCAGAUUUGAUAUUAUUCAAGGAGAAAUAGGUGACUGCUGGAUGCUGGCUGCCCUGGGCUCCCUGACAAUGCAGAAGCGAUUUUUGGAAAAUGUUUUACCAAAGGACCAAGGAUUCCAGAGUGAUUAUGCUGGGAUUUUCCAUUUUCGGUUCUGGCAAUUUGGAGACUGGGUGGAUGUAGUGAUAGACGACCGACUGCCUUUCCUAAAUGGGAAUUACCUGUCUGUACACCCUCGAACAUCAAAUGAAUUCUGGCCAUCAUUGCUGGAAAAAGCAUAUGCCAAGCUGCAAGGCUCCUACCAGAACUUGCACGGGGGCUACAUUUCUGAUGCUUUAGUAGACUUCACAGGUGGAGUCCAAUUGCAGUUCUCAUUAAAGGACCCCCCUCCUGAUCUGGAGGACAUCCUGAAAGCUGCUAGCAAAUCUCAGUGUCUGAUGGGAUGUAGCACCUCCAGCCGGAUGAGAAACAGAGUAUUAAGGAAUGGGAUUGUACAAGGUCAUGCCUACACUGUUACAGGAGCUGUGAAGAUACGAUUCAAGAACUACUGGGAACAUAUCAUCAGAGUCUGGAAUCCAUGGGGCCAUGGGGAGUGGAAGGGGCCCUGGAGUGAUGGCUCUCCAGAGUGGGACCAAGUUGAGCCUGAAAUCAAGGAAGAGCUCUACAGAAGAAAAAAUGAUGGAGAAUUCUGGAUGUCCUGUGAAAGCUUUCGGGAGCAGUUUUCCUGGCUGUGUAUAUGUAACAGCACCCCAACGUUUCUAGACUUCGGAGAUCAGCACUACACAGCAUGGUCCGUGGACAGACACAUCAGCCUGUGGAACCCACUGCUCACUGCUGGCAGGAACAACUGGUCUUCCGCAGGUGCAGUUUCAAAGAACCCUCAGUAUUUCUUCAAAGUGACAAAUUAUGAUCCCAAAUCCUACAAUGUGGUCAUUUCACUCAUACAAAAAAAUGCGGAGGGUGCGCAGGAUGCACAAAAAUUGAAGAUCGGCUUUUUUAUCACCAUGGAGAACUCCAAAGUUCUGAAACAGUAUUUCUCCCUUACACGAGACGUGAGCAGCUACUUUAAUUUGAGCCCAGGAACUUAUGCUGUCAUUCCUGCUACAACAGAGGACCGAGAAUUUGAAUUUGUCUUACGAAUUUUCGUAAAGAAUCAAGACUACAAUGAGAACUCAAACUCUCAGCUCAACCCAAUGCUGCCAAUGGAUGUACCAAGACAGAAACAGGACAGCUCAUACAAGGCUAUCUUCCUAAAAUAUGCUGAGCAGGGCUCAGCUAUUGAUGCUUUGCAGCUGCAACAACUUCUUAAUGACAUGAUCCUGCAAGAUGAAAUGACCAGCCUGGGAGGAGAGUUCAGCUUUGAUUCAUGUCGAGCCAUUUUAGCUCUGAUGGAUCUCAAUUCAAAUGGACAACUCACGCUGCAGGAGUUUGGGAGCCUCUGGCGAAGUGUCAUCAAGUACAUGGAUCUCUUCAGGAGGGAAGACAGAAAUCGUUCUGGAUUUCUUGAUGUGUCUGAACUGAAGAAUGCGAUACAGACAGCAGGCCUGCCCAUCAACGAGCAGAUCCUGCGCCUGAUGGCCAUGCGCUACGGUGACGUGUACAGGAGAAUGGGCUUUGCUGACUUCGUGAGCUGCAUGCUGCGCCUCGAAACCAUGUCCUAUGCAUUUCAAAACUUAGCAAAGGGUGGACCACACCUUUCAAUGACGGUGAUGGAGGUAAGGAUGCUUCUUCCUUCUCUCGAGCUCCACAGCAGGACUGUAGAGUUAAGUUAGCAGGAGGAUGAUGCUAAGGGUGGUGUGUCAGUGCCGUGGGUGUCACCAGGAGCUUUGGUGCAGUGUGGGUUUUACCUGGCUGGAUGUGCAUAAUGGACUCCAAGAGUUAUUACCCAGGGCUCCCUACUCACGCAGUCUUACUAGUAUGAGGACAGCUCAGUGGUGGCCAUCCACGUCCAAAACACUGUGCCUUCCCUUGCAGUCCUAGUUCUGUCAUUGGUGGAAACAUUACUCAUAGUGGCUUCGAAAAAGUGACAAAAAAAAUAAAAAUAAAAAAAAAUCCAUGCCCUCAUUUCAUACUGCCCCAUCUGUUAGUUCUGGACUGCAAAACAUCUUGCUUUCAUGAAAGAAAGAGCAGACAAGUGCUUGCUGCUGCUGUUUGUCUUACAAAGCACAGCCUGGAUAGCUAGCUGAAUGGGGAUAUAUUGAGCUUUUCAUCAGCCAAUCUGAAGCAAAAAUCCUGCUGUGCUCUAUAGUGAUGUGCCUGAGUGCUGCAUUUUAUCAAUCUGGAAGCUAUUUUUCUGACAAAACAGUGUUUAAAAGGUUUUAUUAAAAGGAUAACCACAUUCCUGGAGCCUGCUACCUCUUAUGCUCACAGCCAUGCAGGUGCCAUCCUUUCCCAGCAAUUGCUCCCAUUGCAGCUGCUGCAGUAAUUUAUCAUGGAAAGUAACAUAUGGAAGGUGUUUCUGGGUCUGAAUUGUAGUAAGGGAAGAAGACAGUUUCAAAACCCCUUAACUGUUCUGUGCAGGACAAAAGGACCACAGUGAUUGGGUCCCAGCCUGAAGAUACUGAGACACAAGUCUGAAGACUUAGUGUAACAUCACUAUCUAAAUGUGCCUUUUCCUUUUUCCAGUGGCUGACUCUUGUCAUGUACAUCUGAAGAGUU